CGGUCGCGUGGCUCGGCGCCGCUGCGCCACCCGCGCGAGGCGCUCCCGCCUCCUUCGCGGCCACACUUCGACCGACGGCCACGGGAUCCACGCACCCGAGCACGCCCAACGCAGCGACCCACCACCGGCCGCCGCCAUGCCGCGCUGCUGCCCCUGCGCGACCUCCUCCUCUCCCUCCCUGUUCCUCCUCCCUUCCGUUCCCGCCUCUUCCGCUUCCAAAACCGCCAGCAGCAGGAGGGUUGCCUUCUCCCCGUGCGAUGGCGCCUUCAGCUGUGUCAGCGGGAGGCUGCGGUGGGGGACGAGACCGAGAGGCAGGUGCGCGACAGUCGAGGCGAGCGGCAAGGACGGGAGUGGUACGGCGGAAGAGGAAAAGGAAAAGGACGAGCCGGGGUUCAAUCCGUUCGGGUUCGUCACGGACAACCCCUCCAGCCGCAGCGCCAUCCAGCUGCCCGCGGUUCCCGCCGAGGACGGCAAUGUCGGCCAGAUGCUCUACAGGAUCGAGGACAAGGGGAGGGAGUACGGCUCGUAUGUCAGGUCAGGAGAGUUCCGAUGGUUUGUGAGGGAAACAGGUUCACGUGAUGCACGACGUGGGACUAUUGUGUUCCUUCACGGGGCUCCUACUCAAUCAUUUAGUUACCGCGUGGUUAUGGCUCAGAUGGCAGAUGCUGGCUACCACUGCUUUGCACCUGACUGGAUUGGAUUUGGGUUCAGUGAGAUGCCACAGCCUGGAUAUGGGUUCGACUUUAAAGAGGAGGAGUUCCACAAGGCAUUUGAUGAUCUUCUUGGUACUCUAAAUAUCACUGAGCCCUUCUUCUUAGUUGUCCAGGGAUUUCUUGUAGGUUCUUAUGGGCUGACAUGGGCACUGAACAACUCAAACAAAGUCCUCAAGUUAGCAAUCCUGAAUAGUCCACUUACUGUUUCUUCUCCAGUCCCUGGAUUGUUUCAGCAGCUAAAGUGGCCACUCGUUGGUGAAUUUACUUGUCAAAAUGCUGUUUUGGCCGAGCGUUUCAUUGAAGCAGGUAGCGCCUAUGUGUUGAAAUUGGAAAAGGCUGAUGUAUAUAGAUUACCAUAUCUAUCUAGUGGUGCACCUGGAUUCGCUCUGCUUGAAGCUGCCAGGAAGGUCAACUUCCAAGAUGUGCUACAUAGAAUUUCGGCUGGAUUUUCAUCCAACAGUUGGCAAAAACCAAUACUGCUCGCAUGGGGAAUAUCUGACAAGUACUUACCAUUAUCGAUAGCUGAGGAAUUCAAGAAAGCUAAUCCCAGUGUUGUAAAACUGGAGGCGAUAGAAGGAGCUGGUCAUAUGCCGCAGGAGGACUGGCCAGAGAAGGUUGUGAAGGCCCUGAUAUCCUUCCUGUAAACGUGGACAGAGAUCACAAGGUCAUCUGCAAGGAUUUGGUGGCGCGUGACGCAUUGUUACAGAGCUCCACUAAGGUACGUUUCAAAAGCAUAACAUGCGGAGAUUAUGAUAACUGGAUAAGAGUUAAAAUCCAGCAAGGUAUGUAAGCGAUCAUACAGUGUUUCUCGUGCGUAUAAGAACUAAGCCAUACUUUUUGGUGCAUUCUAUUGUUAACCAGAGCAUUUUGGUCAGUGGUCACACCCUGUACAGCUUGUAUAGUUGUAUGUAACUUUGGAUACAUGUGGUAUAUAUUUGCACCAAGAGAUACAAAACGACCUUAAUUUCCCAA